AUGGGCACCGACGCGUAUGAGAUUAUGGUCACAGCUGCGCUCAACGAGGCACCUGCGAGCAUCCUCAGCAGCGACAGUUCCCGAUACAAUGGGCUCCAGCCCAUCAACGACGUCGAGUGUAUCGUCCUUACUCCGAGUGACUACACGUGGUCGUACAAGGUUCGCGAGGCAAGGGCCGCCGGCUUUGGACCUGACGUGUCUGGCGUGAGCACGUCGCUCACGAUUGAAAUCACGCGGGACUUCAACAUGUACAUGACCCUCAUCUUUGUUGGGAUCUGGGCUGCCACGAUCGCGAUCGGAUGGAUUGGCAGCAUGUCGUUGAUUUGGGAACGCCGGCCGGCUGACCAUCCCGCCAUCUUUCUUUCGGCCCUCUUCGCCGUCCCACCGUUUUCCAAUACAGCCCUGGGAAAGGUUCCCUUCGGCUGCCUCUUUAACAAUUUGUGCACCUACUUUUCGAUCGGUGUCAUCAUUACGUUCUUGCUCCUCGUCGCGUCUGCGUACAUGAAGAAGGCGAAAAAGUCGGUUCAACCCAAGCAAGGCGAAGAUGAUGCGAUUCCCGUGGCGACUUUGGACGCAGGCGGUAACGUUGCUAGCGACGCUGGUGAUUCCGGUGGAGCAUCGGCCGGGGAAGCAUAG